UCAGCGGUAAAACCUGCUCCGGCUGGGUGUCUCACUGUCUGAGUGAGUCGGACUACUGACUUGGCCUCGGAAAAGUCAAGUGAUCUCCCAGCUAACUUUCCUACUCGUUUUGUUUCGCCCUGGUUGGAUUCUUGUAAUUGUCGAUCGACGACGAGCCUCGCAACAACAUUUUAGGGGGAUGAUUUAGGUCAGGAGAAAAGUUGAUCGAGUGUUCUCGGACGAACCGGUGCGUGGCGGCCAGUACCGGAGAUGGAUAAGCUAACCGAUAGCUGACUUGUUAGCCGAAAAGUCAAAGGUCAAGAAUAGGAGCGAACGGGCAUGCUAACGGCGUGCUAGUUUAGCAUUCUAUCGGCUAACCGAGAUACUUCCUCGGGCUCGCUUGCGACACCGCCAGUAGUUUGUCAAAAGGGAAGCUAAUCCAGGAAGAAGCCCCUACCUCGAAAACAGGCCGGGCCGGGCCGGGCCAGAGGAGCAUUUCCGAGAGAAUGCUGUCCAACGCACAGAACCAGCCGCUUUUCCCCAACCCUACCGGGCAACAGAAUCCAGGCGGCCAGCAGAACCCCGCGGGCCAGUUUCUCCCCUUCCUCAGCAGACCCACCUUACAGAUCAAGAAGAACGCCAUUACCGACGACUACAAGGUGACCAGUCAGGUGUUGGGUCUCGGUAUCAAUGGCAGGGUGCUCGAAAUCUUUCAGAGGGAGACGGGUGACAAGUAUGCGCUAAAGAUGUUGCAGGACUGCUCUAAAGCACGUAGAGAAGUGGAGCUCCACUGGAGGGCGUCACCUUGUUCCAACAUUGUGAGGAUCAUUGAUGUCUAUGAGAACCUCUAUCAAAGCAGGAAAUGCUUGUUAAUAGUUAUGGAGUGCAUGGACGGCGGUGAACUCUUCAGUCGAAUUCAAGACAGAGGGGACCAGGCCUUCACUGAGAGAGAGGCAUCUGACAUCAUGAAGAAUAUAGGGGAGGCGAUUCAGUACUUGCAUGCUGUCAACAUUGCGCAUAGAGACGUGAAGCCGGAGAAUUUACUCUACUCCACCAAGAGGCCAAGUGCUUUGCUCAAACUCACGGACUUUGGCUUUGCCAAGGAGACCACCUCGCACAACUCUCUGGCUACUCCCUGCUACACACCUUACUAUGUUGCUCCAGAGGUUCUGGGCCCAGAAAAAUAUGACAAAUCUUGUGACAUGUGGUCUUUGGGCGUCAUUAUGUAUAUUCUAUUGUGUGGUUACCCGCCCUUUUAUUCCAACCACGGUCUGGCAAUUUCUCCCGGGAUGAAGAAGCGGAUUAGGAUGGGACAAUACGAGUUUCCUAAUCCCGAGUGGUCCGACGUAUCCGAAGAAGCUAAACAGCUGAUUAGGACCCUCCUGAAGACGGAGCCCACCCAAAGGAUGACCAUCACGGAGUUCAUGAAUCAUCCCUGGAUCAACCAAUCGAUGGAGGUUCCUCAGACGCCGCUGCACACUAGCCGGGUGUUAAAGGAAGAGAAGGACGCGUGGGAGGACGUCAAGGAGGAAAUGACCAGUGCCUUGGCUACCAUGAGGGUCGACUAUGAGCAAAUCAAGAUAAAGACCAUCGAGGAUUCCACCAAUCGACUGCUAAAGAAAAGAAGGGAGAAAGCCAGUAAAGCCAUGGCGGACACACCGUCUGCUGCCCACUGAAACAGGGAUUAUGAAAAACAAAAAGGAAGCAAUAAGUUCAUAACUGCAUGGAUUUCUCAGUGUUUUAUUUUUCACGACGGUCAAGUCUAGUGUUUUGGACUAAGAGUGCUGUUUUUCGUUAAGCAUUUUAAUGCCCCGCCCUAUUGCGAACAGGUUCUACAUCUGUGGUUUUAUUUGGUUUUCAAUUAGACAAGAUGAGGGAAGAGAAGCACUCUUUAUUUGUCCUUUCCUCGCUAAAACGUCGGGUUAGCGGCCCAGACGAGUGAAUGUUAAAGGAACUGGCUAAAUCCCAAAAAGCAAUGCAAGACUGGACUUGACUUAAGUGGAUUUUAAGGUUCUGUCCAUCUGAUUGUCAUAAUGAAUGUUCAAAUCAGCAGGGCCUCCCCAAUCACCUGCCUUAAGAGUUUCUCGUUACAGCUCUAGUCUCCGGGCAGAGAAGGUAGCGCCACCUGCACGUAGCUUAAAAAAAAAAGUAUUUUUUCACAAGAUUUUUACAGACCUAUUUUAGCACAUGCCUAAUGGACUUUUUGUUUGUGGCAUUUAGCAACGUCAUGUUUUUGUCGCCAGAUUUCAGGUUAAUCCUAUGCAGACGGCGUGCCAUUUUAAAGCGCCGCUCUCGACGGUGUCGGGUUUUGUUUGCUCGAGAGAUGGGGAGCGCAUGUUCCCGUCGGCGGGAGAACCCUGUCGUGUGAGAAGCACUGUGUUUUCUAGCUACUGUUUAUUCCGUUCUUUUGACGACAACCUCACCUCCAAACCUGCCGUACGAGUCUCACCUCACCAGAGCGCCGUGUGACGCGCCACCAGCAAGCUGUCUCCACAAUCACUGGGUGCGAGGGGUGGUUCAUGCCUUUUAGGACCCGCCCAGUUCACUCGGGAUGAUGGGGCACCGUAGCGUUUAUUUGUAUGUACACCCACGUGAUGAGGCGCACACAAAUUUCGCACUGUAAAAAAUGUCGGCUUAAAACUUUUCCUUUGACUCUGUUCUGCUCAUUUUAGUAGCAGUCAGCUGUAACGGCCAUACUUUUGUCUGCUUGCUUUCAAUUAAAAACACAACAACUGAA